GGUUCAGCAGACGACCAUGAGUUUGAUCCUUCAGCAGAUAUGCUCGUCCACGACUUUGACGACGAACGCACACUGGAAGAGGAGGAGAUGCUCGAGGGAGAGACCAACUUCAGCAAUGAGAUUGACGACCUUGCACGGGUGCGUCUCAACAUCAUUUCUUCUUGUGGAUUGAAAGUUAUCCAGGAUCCUAUUCAUUAGGCACUGAUCGGAAGAAGAAAGACUGAAACAGGGAGGGACUACUCGAUCUUGUCCAAUAAGAAACACUUGUUUUAAACGUUGCAGAACGUUUUGCUACAGUGAAUGCUCUAAUGAAUACGACCCUGGGAACAGUAACCUUUUAGUUAUAGAUAUUGAGUAUUUGACCCCUAUUAUUGUAAAGGCAACAUUCAGAUAUUGAUAAUGUGAAGCUAGCUAGUCUGUUUUAAGUGUAAUCCAGUGUGCAACAAAAGUUAUUGUUGUUGUUCCAUUUGUGCCAUAGGAGGGAGAGAUGCCCAUUCAUGAGUUGUUGAGUAUGUACGGAUACGGCGGUGGUUCGCCUGCAGAUGGAGAGGAAGAAGAAGACGAGGAAGACCUAGAGGAUGAAGAGUUGGAGGAUGAGGAAGAGGAGGAGGAAGAGGAGCUGGACAAUGAUGAAAGCAGCAGAAGCACUGGCGAGCUGAAGAGGAAUAAGGUGGGCGCCAUGACUCUCCUGAAAUAACAGGGAUAUCAAUCAACACACUCAUAAAGAAGGAAUGCUUGUUUGCACCUUAUUGCACUAAUUUGAUUGUUAUAAAUCACCACUACAUAUUCUGUAGCCAACAAAGUUGACAUAUUUAGUCAGAAAUGUAUAAUACACUGAACAAAAAUAUAAACGCAACAUGUAAAGUGUUGGUCCCAUGUUUCAUGAGCUGAAAUAAAAGAUCCCAGAAAUCCAAAUGCACAAAAAGUGUAUUUCUCUCUAAUUUGAUGCACAACUUUGGUUACGUCUUUGUUAAUGAACAUUUCUCCUUUGCCAAGAUAAUCCAUCGACCUGACAGGUGUGGCAUAUCAAGAAGCUGAUUAAACAGCAUGAUAAUUACACAGGUGCACCUUGUGCUCCAGAAAAUAAAAGGCCACAUUGAAAUGUGGAGUUUUGUCACACAACACAAGGCCACAGAUGUCUCAAGUUUUGAGGGCGCGUGCAAUUGGCAUGCUGACUGCAGGAAUGUCCACCAGAGCUGUUGCCAGAUAAUUCUAUGUUCAUUUCUCUACCAUAAGCCGCCUGCAACGUCGUUUUAGAGAAUUUGGCAGUACGUCCAACCGGCCUCACAACCGCAGACCACAUUUAUGGUGUCGUGUGGGCAAGCAGUCAACGUUGUGAACAGAGAGCCUCGUGGUGGCGGCGGGGUUAUGGUAUGGGCAGGCAAAAGCUACGGACAACAAACACAAUUGCAUUUUAUCGAUGGAAAUUUGAAUGCACAGAGAUACCGGGACGAGAUUCUGAGGCCCAUUGUUGUGCCAUUCAUCCGCCGCCACCACCUCAUGUUUCAGCGUGAUAAUGCACAGCCCCAUGUCGCAAGGAUCUGUACACAAUUCCUGGAAGCUGAAAAUGGCCCAGUUCUUCCAUGGCCUGCAUACUCACCAGACAUGUCACCCAUUAAGCAUGUUUGGGAUGCUCUGGAUUGACGUAUAGGACACCGUGUUCCUGUUCCCGCCAAUAUCCAGCAACUUCGCACAGCCAUUGAAGAGGAGUGAGACAACAGUCCACAGGCCACAAUCAACAGCCUGAUCAACUCUAUGCAAAGGAGAUUUGUCAUGCUGCAUGAGGCAAAUAUGCAGCACACCAGAUACUAACUGGUUUUCUGAUCCACACCCCUAACUUUUUUUAAGGUAUCUGUGACCAACAGAUGCAUAUCUGUAUUCCCAGUUGUGAAAUCCAUAGAUUAGGGACUAAUGCAUUUAUUUCAAUUGACUGAUUUCCUGAUAUGAACUGUAAGUCAGUCAAAUCUUUUAAAUUGUUGCAUGUUGCGUUUAUAUUUUUGUUCAGUGUAAUUACAGAAUACAAAAAAAAUAUAAACGCAACAUGCAACAAUUUAAAAGAUUUGACUGAUUUACAGGGAAAUCAGUCAAAUAGUUACAAAUCUGCUGAUAGUAGUAUUUGAAAUGAAUGCAUGCAUGACUGCUAAAUGGCAUAUUAUUAUAUAAUAGAUACAUCUAGGCAGCUUUGAUGCUGAUUCCACUGUUUUCAUGAAUGAAUGGCAAUUUUGUUGUUUCACAGGGGCUUUUUUGACUAAUGCACCAUUGGGGACUAAUCUGUGUGUAACACCUUGGGUUGUGUGUGUGUGUGUGUGUGUGUUCAGACCGAGAGGGUGAAGAUCUCGUCAGGACUGGGGAACGAGAACCAGUCGUCCAGCGAGGGUCGCACGCGCUCCGUCAAAUCCCACUGCACGGCAGAGCUGAUACGUGGAUCACAGAAGCGCAAGUACUUCGAAAGUAUGCAUCUUUGCUUCCCUCACCGAGUCGUGUUUUUUUAAAUAUUGGAUAGUGUGUGAGAUCUUGUUAUAUGCAUUUUAACCCAGUGGUUCAAAAUGAGAACUAAUAUGUGUCAGUAACCAGGCUUCCAUCCAACCUUUUUAUGCGAAUAAAGUACAUUUGGAUAAAAAGUCACCACUGGCCUGAUGGAAACUGCACAUUUGUCGCGAAACUUUCCAAAUGUUGACAAAACAAAAUACGCUAGUCAAGGUGGGAUCUUUUUGUGUCAGUUAAAUUUAAACACAAAUUUAGGUGGAAACGCCUUCAUGCACAAAUAUUGAUAUAAUAACCAUCGUAUCGAAAGUAAACUUGGAGUCACGCAAUGAUAUGUUGUGUGGUCCUCUCACUACGACUCGGGAAAGCAUGGAGUUUAUUAGGCUACAGUUGAAAUAAGUUAUGAUGAACUUCACUGGGUGGUAAAAGUGCAAGGUGAUGAGCUUGAUGCGCCUUUCCAAUAAAUAUUGAGGGUCUUAUUCUGGUGAAAUGAUGAUUGAUGCUUGGCUGCCGUUUGACAAAUACAAAUCUCGCUCUUUUGGCCAUAAUAAGGUAGGCUGUAUCCACACUGUAAUUGCAAGCUGUUGGCUAGAGCACACGUGCCAAGACCAGAGUUGGCACAUUUGCUAUAUAAUGCAACAUUUUUUGUGACAAAACCAUCAGCAGAGUUGAAAAUAAGAUGGAAACCCAUUUAACUUGUAUUUUUAAUGAUGUGCACUACAUCAUCAUGAACAUAAUUCUAUCUGCAACAAAUACAUUUGAUGGAGAUACAUCUCUGGUGGGAAAAGGCACAUGUUUAUUCGCAUUAUAGAAUAUUCACAUGAAAUUCUGUCGCCAAUUUGGAUGGAAACCUAGCUAGUGAAAAGAGUCAAAAUGCCAAAUCUUGUUUCAGGUAAUGAUGCAGAGGAAGAGUCAGAAGACGAAGAUUAUGUCCCUUCUGAUGAUUGGAAAAAGGUCAAUAUAUUGGUUUUUAUUAUUGUUUAAUCAUUCGUUAGAUAUGGUAGUUCUAACCUUUUAAAGAGACAUGUUAUUCAUUUGAAGCACACUUUUGAUUUGGGAAACUAAACAAUGUUUGUGUUUGACCUGGACAGGAAAUCAUGGUUGGUUCCAUGUAUCAGGCUGAAACGCCCUCUGGCCUUUGUAAAUAUAAUGACAAUGAGAAAGGUAAGGUGUUCUGUUUGCAAUUGCAAUGCACUAAUUAAGUUCAAGUGAAAUAUCUUCCAAUCACAGAGGUAAAUAGGAAAUAAAAUGAGUUUUUUCCUUCUCUCUCUUUCUCCCCCUCUCUAUCUCUCUUUCGUUCACUCGUUCCAGCAUAUGAAAAUGAUGACCAGCUUUUAUGGGACCCUGAGUUCCUUCCCGAGUGCAAGGUUGUGGAGUUUUUGACGGAGGCGUCAAAACGAACAGGAGAGGAGAAGGGAGUGGAUGCCAUCCCUGAGGGAUCCCAUGUCAAAGACAAUGAGCAGGUAUGAAGACCCCCACAGUCGAGCCGACUGGCAUCCAGGGUUGUGUUCAGUAGGGCACACCGUAGAAAAACGUUUCACAACAGAAAACUGUGUUUAUUGGAAAAGUUUAAGAGUUCACAUUUCACUGUUCCUAAACUUUAUGCCACCUACUGAAUACGAUCAUAAAAGACUAGUAUGCACUUUCGUCUGUAACCGUCUUCUUUACAACCUCAAUGUUGUCUUUCCACAGGCGCUUUAUGAGUUGGUCAAGUGUGAAUUUGACACAGAGGAAGCUUUAAGAAGACUGAAGUUUAAUGUGAAGGCAGCUAGAGGUAAGACCUGCAGUGAAAUGGUUUUAACUUUCUCUAGAUUUCACUCAAAUAGCUGGCAUAUUUUCUCGUCAUUAUCUCACCAGGCAUGUAUGUCUUAUUGAGGUAUUUUGAUGAUAAAGGGGUUACUUGGGUCCUGGCUUUUGUUUGUGUCUUGUUCAUAGCGUCCCACGCCUGGGACCUGUCACAUUUUCAUAGUUUUUAUGAUAUUUUAUUUGAAUGCAGCAGUUGUCAUGAUACUCAACCCUUUCCCUUCUGUCACAGAAGAGCUGUCUGUGUGGACAGAAGAAGAAUGUCGAUAUUUUGAGCAAGGACUAAAAGCUUAUGGGAAAGACUUUAAUUCAAUACAAGCCAACAAGGUAAGCUAUGUUUAUUAUCUUAAGAGAGAUCCUAUUAUAUUUGAUACAGUAUUUGAUUGAAAAGUAUAUUGACAUUAAGAAUAUUGCUCAUCUUCAUGUUGAUUUGAGAGUUGCAUGUGAUGUGUUUUAAAGCAAUCAGGGUUGGGGUCAAUUCCAUUUGAACCUCCUUCAACUUUCGUGAGGAAUCGAAAAUCAGUUCAUGAAUUGAAAAGCUACUCCAACUUUUGCAUAAUUCGUUUUUUUUUUUUCAAUUCACAAAUUGCAUUUCGACUCAUCCGUCUUGAUUGGGGGGUUGAAAUUGAAUUGAGUCCAACUCUGGAAGGCAAUGGUAAUAAUGGCUAUCUCGUUGUCUGCUGAUAUUACAUUUUUCAGGUGAGAACUAGGUCAGUAGGAGAAUGUGUGGCCUUUUAUUACAUGUGGAAGAAGUCUGAGCGUUAUGAUUUCUUUGCACAGCAAACCAGGCUGGGGAAAAGGAAAUACAACCUUCACCCCGGUGUCACGUAAGUCUUUUCACCAGACCAUGCUUUCACAAAUCUUUUGAAUAUUUGAAUACGUCGACAAAUGUGUUGUUAUACAGUUCAAUAUAUUAUAGAUUUGUACUUACCUGAUUUGAGAUGUAUUUUAAACAUGUAUAACGGAAAAUAGUAUAUGGGUUUUUUCUAUAAAUAAUGGGGCCAAUGUGUGACAUUAGGAUCAACAUUUUAAAAUGGUUUGAAAUAAAAAAUGUAAAAAAAAUUAUGCAGUGUACUUAGAGGAAUAUAUGAAAAUUGUACCAUAACUCCACCUAUACAACAACAUAGGCCUAGGACUAUACAUCCUUUAAGAAGGGUUCAUACAGACAUUGGCAAGUCACAUUCAAGGACUUUUUCAAGCACUUCAUUGUAAUUUUCAAGGACCUCAAUUUUAUACAAUUGUACAUAUAUUGCCUAAUAGAGGCACCAAAUUGAGGAAAUAUCAGAUUGUCAAGGUAGGCCUAUUCCAGUACUUGAAUUUAUGAGUUCAAGUAGGCUACUCAAGCCACUUGUAUUGUUUAAAAUUGCAGGUGUAACAUGGAAUCGAAAAUGUAUUUGUCAUGUUAUUUAAGUACCAGAUCAUAUUGUGAAGAAGUCCACUGCUAGGCUAUGUAAUUUGUCAUUAUAUCCAGAAUAAUUCAUAGGAAUAGCGUUGGGUGUUGUGCAAUAGUCUAUUUUACACAAUUGCGCACAGUAGACUCGGUGUCUAAUCCGAGGCACAAAAAAAAAAAAGGGAAAACAUGACCUCAUUACCUUGAUGCUUUCUCUGUUCAAUCCAACGAGACCCGGCUGUAGAUCAAGCAGACAACAACAGAUGAUGAACAUCAAUUCGCUAGGGAUAUUAGAUCCAACGUGGAUCCAGGCACAGCUGUCAUCACCGGCGUAACAAAUGAGACAAAUAUUCUUGAUAUUCCUUGCGAACACCUUUUUUCCAGCACUUGGGCUGUGUUGUUGCAUCGCGUGUGCUAUCACAACAGCUGUUCGUCACUUGACUGUCAUUCAGAAAAUUCCUUCCUGAAUCAGAUGAUGUAAAAAAAAAAUUACCAGCUCGACACCAAAUGCGCAUCCAACAAUUAUUAUGCAUAAUUAUUGAAGAACCACGUUAAUAACCGUAUCGAUUUAGGUUUUAGGUGACUCUUUCGGUUAAAAGCAUUCCAUUUUGCAAUCUCGUACAUUUUGGGGGAUUUGUGUACCGAUAAACUAUUUUCACCCCGUAACAUGAGGAGACAUGAAAUGUUACGUAGUUACACUGGAUUUCUGAGAUCUCUAUACAAAAAACUGUCCGACAGCUAGAUCCAGGAUUCUUACAGGGUUCAAGUUCAAUGUCUAAUUUAACCGAUUAAUGCUUAAUAUAUGAUAUAACGACAACUUACACUGCCAUAAAUGCAAGGACAGAAAACUGUUUUGUCACAUGAUUUUGGACAAAUCCGUCAAGACACCAACUAUGAGAAAGAGUUAAACAUAAGUUUUAAAUCAAUUUGUUGAAUAGUAUUUAAAAUAGAUAUGUUCCCCCCUUACAGUGCCUGUUGUUGUUACAGCCUGAACUCAAAAUGGAUUAAAUUGAUUUUCUCACCCAUCUACACAAAGUACCCCAUAAUGACAAAGUGAAAACGUGUUUUUAGAAAUAUUUGCAAAUGUAUUGAAAAUGAAAUACAGAUAUCUCAUUUACAUAAGUAUUCACACCCCUGAGUCAAUACUUAGUAGAAGCACCUUUGGCUGCAAUUACAAUUGUGAGUCUUUCUGGGUAAGUCUCUAAGAGCUUUCCACACCUGGAUUGUGCAACAUUUGUCCAUUAUUCUUUUCAAAUUGGUUGUUGAUCAUUGCUAGACUACAAUUUUCAGGUCUUGCCAUAGAUUUUCAAGUAGACUUAAGUCAAAACUGUAACUUGGUCACUCAGGAACAUUCACUGUCUUCUUGGUAAGCAACUCCAGUGUAGAUUUGGCCUUGUGUUUUAGGUUAUUGUCCUGCUGAAAGGUGAAUUCAUCUCCCAGUGUCUGGUGGAAAGCAGACUGAACCAGGUUUUCCUCUAGGAUUUUGCCUGUGCUUAGCUCCAUUCCGUUUCUUUUUUUUAUCCUGAAAAACUCCCCAGUCCUUAAUGAUUACAAGCAUAACCAUAACAUGAUGCAGCCACCACUAUGCUUGAAAAUAUGGAGAGUGGUACUCAGUAAUGUGUGUUGUUGGAUUUGCCCCAAACAUAACACUUUGUAUUCAGGACAAAAAGUGAAAUGCUUAGCCAAAUUUUUUGCAGGAUUACUUUAGUGCCUUGUUGCGAACAGGGUGCAUGGUUUGGAAUAUUUGUAUUCUGUACAGCAGGGGUAUUCAACUCUUACCCUAUGUGGUCUGGAGCCUGCUAGUUUCCUGAUAAUUAAUUGCAGACACCUGGUGUCCCAGGUCUAAAUCAGUCCCUGAUUAGAGGGGAACAAUGAAAAAAUGCAGUUUCAAGGAUGUACAGGCUUCCUUCUUUUCACUCUUGUCAUUUAGGUUAGUAUUGUGGAGUAACUACAAUGUUGUUGAUCCAUCCUCAGUUGUCUCCUAUCACAGCCAUUAAACUCUAACUGUUUUAAAGUCACCAUUGGCCUCAUGGUGAAAUCCCUGAGCGGGUUUCCUUCCUCUCCGGCAACUGAGUUUGUAGUGACUGGGUGUAUUGAAACACCAUCCAAAGUGUAAUUAAUAACUUCACCAUGCUCACAGCGAUAUUCAAUGUCUGUUUUUUUUUUUCAUCUUUACCCAUCUACCAAUAGUUGCCCUUCUUAGCGAGGCAUUGUAAAACCUCCCUGGUCUUUGUGGUUGAAUCUGUGUUUGAAAUUCACUGCUGUACUGAGGGACCUUACAGAUAAUUGUAUGUGUGGGAUACAGAGAUGAGGUAGUCAUAAAAAAAUCAUGUUAAACACUGUUAUUGCACACAGUGACUCCAUGCAACUUAUUACAUGACCUUUUAAGCACAUUUUUACUCCUGAACUUAUUUAGGCUUGCCAUAACAAAAGGGUUGAAUACUUAUUGACUCAAGACAUUUCAGCUUGUUAUUUUUCAAAAAAUAGAAUUCCUCUUUGACAUGGGGUAUUGUGUGUAGGCCAGUGACCAAAAAAUAUUUAUUUAAUCCAUUUUAAAUUCAGGCUAAAAAAGUUGGUGUGAAAUCCUCACUGGUACCCUAGUUUAGAGAAAGACCCAUAUUCAAUGAAAUGUAACUUGUCAUGAAUGGAUAUUCCAUGUCACUAAUACACAUUCCAAAAUGUGUGAUCACCUUUGUUUUGUGAACCAUACCUACUGUUGUCACUGUGUUCUAGGGGUGUGAAUCAAAUAUCCUUUUAACACUAUAUAAUGCCGAGCUGAUAUGUACUAUGCUGGCUUGGAUGUUUUUCACAUGGUCCUAUCCAGCACUGUUCCAGCAACUAGGGUGGAUGCGUAACCAGGCCAGCCCAGUAUGGCUGGGUAUAAAUGUGGCGUGAUUAGUAUAAGGACCAGGCUGGUAGGCUCUAGUUGGUGCUGACUGUGUGGUUGGUUGUUUACCCCGUGUGUCUCAGGGACUACAUGGACCGGCUGCUAGACGAGACGGAGAGUGCCACUUCCAGCCGAGCGGCCUCGCCCCCUCCCACCACCUCAAACAGUAGCACCAGCCACUCCGAGAGGGAGGACGGCAGCAGCAGCCACAACGGUAAGGGAACACACACAUUGAGGGAUUGAGUAAGAGAGGAAGGGAUAAAUAUACUCAGAACAUAUCAUGUGAAUUCUUGUGAAGACCCUACAUAAUUCAUGACAUCAGCAGCUCACUCUCUUAUCUUUCCUCCAACAGGUGUAGUGAGUCAAAACUCGGGCUCGGGAGAAGGUUCCCAAUCGUCCACGGUGGCGAAUGAAGUCAAAGCAGAACCCACCCAGUCCAACGGGCCCACUGUCAACCACCCCUGUCUGGACGCUUUCCCUGUUCCCACCGCCUCGGACAAUGACUCCAACGGCUGCGAGGUAGCGGCCGCCGUGCCCAGCCACAACAGGAACGGCUCCCUGGAGCCACACUGUGGCGACGGUCACUACGAUGAAGAAGACGCGCUCCUCUAUGACAGGCCGGCCAAGAGGUGCCGGAUGGAGGCGGAGCCACCGGAACAGAGCGAGCCGGAACCAUCCAGAACAUCGACGACCCUCCAGCAGGAGGACUGA